CACCCCAUAGAACCAACCCACGCUGGAGGAUGUGAUGGGAUCCCCACGAGGGGACAAACCCCACUGGGGACCCCCAGGAUCAGAGCCAUGAACCCUUCUGUGCUGCGUUCCCCCACCACUCCCCAGCUGUGGGUCUGAGGGUGACCCCCUCUACCCCAUAGCAUCACCCCACACUUGGGAGCACAACGAGACCCACACCUGGAGGGGACGAACCCCAUUGGAGACCCUCGGGAUUGAUGCCCGCCACCCCACUUUUGGGGCAAUGAUGGGACCCCCACGAGGGGACAAACCCCAUUGGAGCCCCCUAGGACUGAUGUCACUCGCCCCUCUUCCCCCAGCAGGAGGGUGGGGGUACCUCCAUCCAUCCACCCCACAGCACCGCCCGGAGCCGUAGUGGGACCCCAGGAGAGGACCGACCCCACUGCAGACCCCCAGGAUCAGUAUCCUCUGCCCCACAGCACCAUCCCACACACGGAGCCGUGAUGGAACACCAUGAGAGGACAAAACCCCAUAGGGGACCUCCAUGAUGAGUGGCCCUGCCCCAUAGCGCCUGCAUUCCCCUACCUCUCCCUUCCCAAGGUGUGGGGCUGGGGGUGCUCCUGCCCACCCCAUAGCACCACCCCCUUCCUGGAACCAUGAUGGGAAGGAACAAACCCCAUUGAGCACCUUCAGGAUCAACGUCCCCCCACCCCCGCAGCACCACCCCACAUCUGGGGCUGUGAUCACCCCCCACAAAGGGGGAAACCCCAUUGAGGACCCUCACGAUCGACAUCCGCCAUCCCACAGACCCCCAGGCUGAGGAACCCACAAGCAAACAAACCCCAUUGGGAAAACCCCACAACCGACGUCCCCCACCCCACACCUCCACCCCAUAGCCGGAGCCAUGAUGGGGCACCAAGAGGGUCCGAACCACGCCGAGGACCCCACAGUCAGUUCCCCCCUCCCCGCAGACCCCGAGGCUGUUGGGUUGGGCCCUUCCUGCCGCAGGAACCCGCCGCAUCCCGUCCGCCGCCAUCGCCCCAUCCCUCCCUCCUGGGGAGGAGGAAAUAGGUUGGGCCACGGGGCCCCAACGCGGGGCGAGCCGGGACGGGCCCCGUUGUGCCCUAUAGGGCCGCCAUGGAGGCGGAGGAGGUCUACGUGUUGGUGGAAUAUGGCUUUGAGUACCGCACCAAGGACGGCACCGUGGUCUCCAUCCACCCCAACGAGCGCUACGUGCUUUUGGGGCGCACCAACGAGCACUGGUGGCACGUCCGGAGGAGCGGGGAUGCGCGGCCCUUCUACGUCCCCGCUCAGUACGUCAAGGAGCUGCCCCCCAUGGCCGCCCCGCAGCCGCUCUACCCCGACGAGAUGGGAUCCUACAGGUACCCCACGUUACGGGUGGACCCCGACCCCGCCGAGACCUCCAGGAGACAGCGGGAGGUGCAGGUAUGUGACGUCCCGCAAGUGUCCCCAAACUGGGCUUGAUGUGGGGGAUCAGCAACCGGCGCUCCGUGGGGCAGAGCGUGCCUCAGUGCCCCGUCCUGGGGGUGGCAAUGGGACAGGGACAGAGCUCCCCAGGCUUUGGUGUCCCCAUCCCUGUGGGUUUUGGUGUCCCCAUCCCAUGGGGUGGCACUGGGACAGGGACAGGGAGUCCUCAAGGUUCAGUGUCCCCAUCCCUUUGGGUUUUGGUGUCCCCAUCCCAUGGAGUGGGACAGGGACAGGGCUCCCCAGGGCCUGCAGUCCCCAUCCUUUUGGGGUUUCUGUGUCCCCAUCCCUUUGGGGUUUCUGUGUCCCCAUCCCUUUGGGUUUCUGUGUCCCCAUCCCUUUGGGUUUCUGUGUCCCCAUCCCUUUGGGUUUCUGUGUCCCCCUUCCUUUCAGGUUUUGGUCUCUCCAUCCCAAGGGGGAACAGGGGGACGUGGGGACAGGGACUCCCCACAUCUGGGGACGUGGGGACAGGCAAUGCCACUCACUGUGUGCAGGAUGUGGGGCUGUAGGGUCAGUGCUGUCCCUCACUGCCAUCAUCCCAACGUCUCCCAGAUGGCACUGGGGGGCUCCCAGGACCACCCCGCAGUGGUUGUGCAGUGGGGCAGCAGUGGGGUCAGCCGCUGUCCCAGCAGGACGUGUUGUCCCCACACGGCACUGCAGAAUGGGGCCAUCGGGGUCCCUCCAUCCCGGCGCAGUUAUGGGGCAAAAAGAGGCAGAAAAGGGUUAACAGGGAAACGCAGCAGCUCCUCCCUUGUAGGGCGGGUGUCACCUGGGGAGGGAGGGGAGCGGGUGGGUGCCACCCCACACCGAGCUCACCCACGCCUGUAAGUAAGGAGGGGUCCUUCUGGGGGGUCCCUUAUGUGGGGCGGAUGUGGGGCUGCUCCCUGAUCCCGUUCUGUAUGGGGCAUCCAACAGUGGGGUCGACCCACCUGUGGGGCACAGCAGUGCAGUGGGGUCUCAUGUCCUCCCCAUGGCCCGGCGCCUCUUUGGGAUCACCCUUGGACUUAGGGGUGGGAGGGAGACGUGUCAGCACCGGGACCCCAAUCCCAACCCCAAACCCAGUGCCAACCCCAACCCCAAUCUCAACCCUACACCACACAUUCACGCACACAUGGGCUCAGCCCCACACUCCCAGCCCGUCCCCAUUGCCUCAGGAUUUGCCAUUGGGGUUUUUCCUGUUGUGCACCCCACGUACUGCUGUAGGGCCGUGCUGUGCUAUGGGGCAGAGCUGUAGGUUUUUGCUGUCCCCUUGCAUUCCUCACCUUUCCCAAGCACUGCUGGGGCGGUGACGUUGCCCAGGUGGGAUAAACCCUUAUGGGAUAUUUCCCAGCCACAGCCCCACACGCGCGGCCCCUCUGCCCGCCCCACAGCCCUCCCCAGGAGGUAAUUCCGCAUCUGGGGAGCGCUGCUCUUCCGCCCCAUAACACCAACAGGAAGCACAGAACGCACCCAGAGCCACAGCGGGGCCACCCAGCGCCCCGACCCCAUAGAGCUCCCCAUAGCGCAGCGUCCCCGCCGUUCCCACUGGGACAUCCCAACCCUACGGAUCCCACUGGGACAUCCCGACCUUACAGAUCCCAUUGGAGCAUUCCGACCCCAUAGCGCCGGGAUGCUGCAGCGAUCCCACAGCCGUGCGUGGCGGCCGCUGCACCAGGGCGAGGUAUGGGGUGGGCAGGGGGAUGGGGGCAGCUCGCUAUGGGGCGGCGUGGGGCAGCAUGGGGUGGUGGGGCCGCGGUGAGGAGACUUUGUCCCCAUUACCACCGUAGGUCGUAAAGGCGGAGAGCAAAGGUAACUGUGGGUUGGCUGCCUCUUCCUGCUUGGGGUCACGCACCCUAUAGGGAUGUGUCCCUGCUGGGAUGAGGGCAGGGGACCCCUCGGACCCCGGCGGGGUGUUGUCACCCAUGGGGACGCGGGGACAGGAAGCUGUGGGGCAGUUUUGAAGGCUGUAGGAUGCAAUAGGGCAAAAUGGGGAAGAGGCGAAAGUUGGGGUGCACGGAGCACGGGGACGGCUCCGGGGGUCCCAUCCUCGGUGUGGGGCUCAGGGUGGGCCGGCCCCAUAGGCAGCCCCAUAAGCAGCCCCAUAAGCAGCCCCACACGUCUGGGCGGAAACGGGCGGUUAUUUUGGGGUGCGGUGACGGCACCGUCAGCCUCGGAUGGAUGCAGAGUGGGGAGUGUGGGUGCGGGA